AUGUCGUUCCAUCCAGACGCGCUUGUCACGCGGCAGUCGGCGGUCAAUGCAACGACGGAUCCACAGAAUGCGGACGACAGCGAAUUGUGGCGAAGUGCCGCAGCGCGGUACGAACAGAAACGAUGGGCGGAGCAGAGUGAAAAAGCUCUGUACCAAGACGCCACAUUUAAGCGCUACCAGGCCAAUGUAGAAAAGGCAUUGGCCAAGUUUGAUAGCGUGGCCGAGUGGGCCGACUUCAUUUCGUUCCUGGGCCGCCUAUUGAAAGUGCUCCAAAGCGCGCCGAAGUACAAUGUCAUUCCGACGAAGCUCAUCGUCGCGAAACGACUCUCGCAAUGCUUGAACCCGGCGCUCCCUACCGGUGUGCAUACCCGCGCCCUCGACGUAUAUACCCACAUCUUCACCGUGCUAGGAGCGGAUGGCCUACGUCGUGAUCUCGCCGUAUGGACGCCCGGUCUUCUCCCGUUCUUCCCCCAUGCUGCCACAUCCAUUCGAGGCGUCGUAUUGGGCCUGUAUGAACGUUUCUACUUACCACUAGGUGUUGAUUUGCGUCCACUCACACGCGCCUUGCUCCUGUCGCUCUUGCCGGGCCUCGAAGAAGAAGGCAGCGAGUUUUUCGAUCGUGUGGUGACUCUGCUCGAUCGCAUCGCGACGUCUGUCCAGCCUGCGUUCUUCUUCCAGAACAUGUGGAACGUUCUUAUGGCGUCCCCCAGUGUACGUCUAUGUGCUCUGAACUACUUGGCCCGACGGAUGCCGACGAUCGGCGCGGCUGGCGCCCCCACCUUGGCGAGCAUGCAUGUGUCGCUCUUAGCGCAGGCCAUGGCACAUACGCUUCAAGACGAUGCGCUACUCGUACGUCGUCAAGCGCUCGACUUUUUGAUUACACACAUGGCCUGGUCGUCCGAUGUCAUGCGGGACCUAAGGUCUGCGGACAAGGAGGCAUUGACAUAUGCAGCGCUAUGCACGGUGCUGCGUCGUGAUAUCAGUCUGAAUCGGCGCCUGUAUACCUGGCUGGUGAGUGCAGAGAACGAUGAACAGGCCCAAGAGACCUACUUUCAGACACACGCCUUGCCCAGUGCUCGUCGCGCCUUGCACGAUGCCAUGGCCCAUACACGAGAGGCACAGCGGCCUUACAAAGUCCUUGUAUCGCUCAUGGACAAGAGCACGAUUGCGCAGCCACUCUUGCAGGCGAUGGUCCUGGAUGUGUUUGACACGCUCGUGGCACAUACAAAUUUGCGGGCCGAUGCGGAAUUGUAUCCCACAGCGCAGACGCUUUUUGAGGCCUUGGAGGCCCAUGUGCUGUACCAACAGCUGUACCGCGGCAUGCUUGCGCAGAUGGAGAACGAGGCGUCUCGCGAUGUGCUCUCCUUGUGUGAGCGUAUUCUGGACGCCUUUCGUCCCCACGACGAGGAGGCUGUGCACACGCAUCUCCCUGUUUUAUGCCUGGCCCUCGUUGGUGAAGCGGAUGCACGGUGGCAGGCACGGACCGUGUCGGCCACGGCCGUCGUCCAUGCUUUGAAGGUGGUAGACGCUAUGGUCCAACGACUCGAUGCGUCCGCUGUGGUGGCCACCAAGAGCGAAGACCAGACGAGCGGCCAUAUAUCCCUUCGCACACCCGCUGCGCAAUGGUACGGCGACGAGGAAGUAGAGUCUGUGCCCACGCUUCGCUCGCCAGCCUAUCUCCAGGCGUGGAUGGAGGCGUUGCUGCGCAUGGCCUUACCGGCCCCUGUGGAUCGGGCCGAGGGUGAUGCGGGUGUGACAUCGGCGUGCUGGACGCUGCUGGACCGCAUGCUUACGUUGCUGGAUACGGCCGUUGCGACAUUGGAUACCACGACGCAUCUCACGUUGGAUGUGGCGGCAUGGAAUGAGGCUCUCUUUGCGUACAUCCGCCGCGCAUCCUCGUUUGCGUCGCCGCAUGCUGCGCUACGCAUGGCGAUGCGAUUGUCGAACAGCCAGUGCAUUGAUGGCGCUUUUGACUUUGCAACACAGGCGCACAGCGAUAUUGUGAUGCAAUGCCUCCUUGAUGCAUUGCAACCGGCAUCCUUUCGCCACCAUACGGAGGCCGUUGCCUUGUUCUGGGACGUGGAUGCGCUCACGGGCGAAAAUGAAUACGCAACGCACUUUUUGUGCACACAGCUCACGCACUCUGCCUCGGCCUGUGCACGUGCGAUGGAUGCCCUGGGCACUCUAUGGCGGCUCAGCACGGAUGCGGCUCGGCGCUUGGAGGCGCCUGUCUUUCUCGUGCUGGAUCGUUUGCGGUCGCACCAUGUAAUGGAGAAGCACCAAAGUGAACUGUGGCUGUGUGCCUAUGUAUCUUCGUACGAUACGUUGCUUCAGUUGUUGCUCCACAACUUGGUCCGAGUCCCGGCUACGCGGACCAUGUCGCAUGUGAACAUCUCAACACAGCACGGCGCCUCGGUCGAGGUGCCUGUGUACGAGUACACAGAGCCCUUUGAUCAAGCGUUUAUGAACUACUACUUGGCUACCUUGACCUCGCUUUUGACCAUCGAUGGUGUACGAGUACUGCACAGUGCCCAAUCGACUGUCUUCACAUGGGCUUCCGACGAAGCUUCAUGCCAGAUCGAAGAGGGCCCUAUUUCGAAUGUCUUGAAAGAGUACGUCCUCGUUCUCCUCCGCUCUAUGCCAUCUACACACGCCGCCGAGUCGGAUGAGGCCACGUAUGCACUCUGCCUAGAACUGCUUCGCUUGCUCCUUGCCAUGGAGCCAGACCAGACAUGGUGCUCGAGCGUGGAAACGGGCCUUCACGAUGUGCUUCUCCUAGCCAUGCACCGUGGCGAUACACCUACCCAGGUCCUGGUCCUUCGUACCAUACGCGAAGUCCUCCUUGUGCACUACCGCACAUCGUACAUGUCGGCGGAGGCAAGUGCGUCGUUUGCUUCGCUCCUGCAGGUGGGUCUGCUUCGUACGACCAACGAUACGGCCCUCUUUGCGUGGAUGGACUUGGCACAUACACUUCUUCCCUUGACCGACAAGGCCGUACAGGCCUUUAUGCUUCCGCUUUGCUCCACUGUUCGUGCGUUGCUUCUUACGGCCAUGCAGUCGUACGAUACCACCACCGCACGUGCAUGGAGGCCCACACACGACGCAACCUUGCAUCGUGUGCCCCGUACAGAGCUGGAGCUGAAUCAACUUACCGCUGUAUUGGAACACACCCUCGUGCAAGCCAUGUCGUCGCACCACUCGAAUGAAGUGGAACGGGUCCGACGUCCCGAGACAUCCGGCGGGUUCCUGGGUAACAUUUCCAGUGUGUUCCUCAGUGAUAGCAGCACUGCCUCCCGCACAUCAUCGAGCCAUGCUGGCACGUCGCGCAGUAUCGCCGAUGUGGUGCAGGCGCUGGCCUAUGCGUGGAUCGUCGCGAGAGCCGAUCCUCGCCUGGAAGCGGUGGUAACACGCACGCGUGCUGCAUUGGAGCGUCUUUACGGGCUGUACACCUCGGCUACGGUGGACGCGAUCAUGGAGUACUGGUCGCGUGCUUCCCGCGCAGCGUUGGAUGCUACAGAUGAAGAGCAUGUGCUGGACGACACACUGGCGCUGCUGGCGUGUUUAGCGCCGAGUGCGCAGAUUGUGUGUACGUCGCUAUGUGAUGCCAUUGCCGGACGUGUCAGUUCCAAUGACCGCGCGAAGAAACAGGGCCGUACGAGCUUCGUGAGUGAGGUGGUCCUGUUCCAGUUCCUGGACUUGUACACGGAACGUCUGGAUGCACCGUUCAUUCCGCAAGUGUGGCCCAUUUUCAGUAUACUGGCCAAGUCGAUUAGCAGCACAACCAACAAGGCUUGGGUCUUUGGCAUGUUGCGUCUCGUUACCCAGCUGGGUGUGAAACUCGCGACAACGCGUGCCUUUGAGGAUGCACGCAUGCGCCGUGAUGUGCAGGACACAUUUAUGCGUUUGUCCGAGCUAACUAUCUCGCUAUAUGCGCGCUCCCUGGACAUUUCUGCGUCAUCAGGGCGCGAUAGCGAUGCGGUCUCUGCCUUGAGUGAGAAGGAUGAUGCAGGGGACGGUGUAGCCGUACCACCAGCGCCAGCUGUCGUCGUUCAGUGCCUAGGUGCUCAAGUACUUCCUGCGUAUGUCUCCCUGCGUAUCGACAAUGAUAAACUGGUGGCGAUCUCCACAAGUAUGGUAUACUAUGUCGUGGCACCGGGUGUGCGUACGCGUGGCCGCACGCUGGAUCCAGAGCCGCUGGUCUUGGAUACACUGGUACGGUUGAGUCGUAUGCCCACAACUAUCAAGACAUGGCGCACGCAAGUCUUGGACGCAUUUAUGGAUGCGAAGUUCUUUACGCAAACAUCGUCACUGGGACGCCAAUGGGCUCCGAUUGUGCAUGCACUACUUCAAGCGGAACGCGAACGUUGGACCGAUGUUCUGGGCCGUAUCAAUGCCACGCCCACAUCCAACUUGUUCACGAGCCGCGAGGCUGAUCUGUACGCGCGCGUGACCGCCAUACGCCGCCUCUCGUACGUGGUAUACACAGGGAAGACGAAUGAUUUCCUUGCACAGCUUCCUCAAAUCCAAGAAAAGGUGGUCGAGAUCGUGCGAUCGCAACCAGCUGAGAUCGUGCAAGCCGAAGUGUUCUUGUGUAUGCGUGUGUUGUUGUGCCGAUUUGCCUCGCAACACCUCACAGGCUUUUGGCCGAUCAUUUUGACAGAGAUGUUGCGUAUUCUCGGCGAGGCCAAGUCGUCAUCUUCUCUGCCAGCGGACAAGUCCGAUGCCCUGUAUCUUAUUGGCAGCGUCGCCAAGCUCGCCGACUAUCUCAUCACCCUCCAGACGGAAGACUUCCAGAUUCACCAAUGGCUCCUUAUCACGGAUACACCAGAUGCUAUGAACGACCAAAGUGACUGGUCCGCCGAGUCUUUAUUGGACUGUAUUGGCGCUCUGGCUGCCAAGGAGCACCCUCCCGCGACCGAGGCAGCGGACGAUGUCGUGGUACGGGCCCAAGAAAGGAAACCAAUGCUGGCUGCCUCACGCCUCGACAACGCAGCAGGGCUGACGCCUUUCUUUGCAAAUGCGUCGCGCGCUUUCUACGAGUGUCAAUUUGAAGGUGACGUGGAUUGGGAUACGAUUAAUACCUGCCUUCUACAGGACCUGUUUGAACCUAUACGCACUCGGCUGUAG